AUGUCUACCGUCCCUCAGGGCCCCGUCGAGGCACGAUCACUGUCGUCGGUCACCACUAUCGCAUCGAAUCCCCCCGCCUACCCACGCAAUCCCACUCACGAGAAACACGAACCACUAUCUCUGUACAUUGUGCGUGUACCAGGAAGCAAAGACAUUUUCCUCUCACCUCUCAAACCCCCGACCAAAUCCAGUGUCUCCGCUGAGGCGAUCAACGCCUCUCUUUACUAUCUCCAUGUCGCGACUCCUGACGAUGAUACCCUGCUUCAGGAAGUGGAGGAAGAGCGCGAGGAGGAGGCCCAAUUGCGCAAGGAGCGGCUCGAGAAAGCGGGCGCCGACGACCCAACACAACGUGAGUUCGCGCGGCUGAACAAUGUGCGCCGGAAACCAGUUGGUGGAGGAGGGGACCCCAACCCCGAGCCUUUACUGGCACCGCCUCAACAGGAUGCCACUGCUCCUCCCGCCUUGCCGUCACGCCCAAUCCCUGUGCUGCAGGAUGACACUGCUUCUCCAACCUUGCCACCACGUCCGAUCCCUAUGCCGCAGGAUGCUACUGCUUCUCCAGCAUUGCCACCACGGCCAAUCCCUAUGCCGCAGGUUACUGCGGAGAAUGUAUCUUUCUCUGGAACUCCAGUCGCCAACAUACAACCUCCUUUGAGUAAUAAUAUGUCUGGAGGGGUAUCGGGAGAAUCGGGUGGUAAGAGCGGUGUCCCGCGGCGACCUCUACCUCCCUUGCCGCCUGGUGAAGAGUCAUGGACCAAUUCUGCAGCAGGUGAGGACUCGUCUAAGAGGACAUCCCGGUGGAGCGCGUUUGCCGAACAAUUGCAAAAUCGGGGAGAGAAUUGGAAGGAAAAGUAUGAGGCAAAGUACGAGGCGCUGUCGGCUGGCCGUCAUAGCCUUGACUCUACUAGACCGCAAUUCCGGCCUCGUUCUUCGCAUAACCGUACCGGAUCACCAUUAGGAAGCCCCGGGCAAUCUCCUAACAGGCAUAGAAACGCACGUGGCAACGCUCCUAGCAAUGCUGGCUUUCAUAUCACGCUCAUUCGACGUGAUCCCACCUCCGGUACACAAUGGAAUGUGGCAACUAUAUCAACCCCACGAAUGGACCGCAAUACCGUCGAUAUCGAAAUUUCCACGCCGGGAUAUAACAGGUUUGCAGGCUCCAACGAGAUGCCUUCAUUAUCCAGCAUAGCAGCCAAUCUUCCAACGGGAAUCGGACGCCUUCCCAACUCUGCCAUUGCCCAAUCCUUAGCCACGGAGCAACCAAAGGAGCAGCCAACCGGCCCACGCAAAUUUCACCGCCAACUCUGCGUAUCAAAGCCAUUUGACGACUCCGCUGCCACAGAUAACAACAACGGUCACAACCCAGAUGGCCCGUCCUCCAAGCUAAAAAGCGGCUACUACGUCUUCACUUCUCCCUGGAAUGGCACAUGUACCUUCACAAACAGCGUGAACGGCCGAAGCCUCAAAUGCAAACACAUGAUCCCAACACCAGGCGGCUUCAUCCCUCCCAAUGCAGCAAACCUCCACUCCCACGCCCACCAUGCAAUCCACAAACCCCACCCAAACCACCUCUCCCCCUUCACGCAAAGUCAAAUCCAAACCCAGUCCCUCCCCCGCCUAAACGACAACCCGAACGACAACAAUUCCAGCUCCGACGGAGGACCCCUCCACCCAUCCUCCUCCAACAACAGCUACGCAUCAGCAAAGCGCAACUCCCUCUCCCAACUCCUAAACCCAAACACCUACGCCCGGCCCCGCGCGCACACAGGCCCAGGCUCAAACCCCCCACCUCUCCCCGCCUCAAACCCCGCAGACCUACGCGCAAACCUCAACCCCUCAACUCUCCUCCGCAGAACCUCUAUGCGCGCGCAACGCUUCGCGCGCCAGAGCCAAUUCCACCCCGCUUCUCAGCCCCACUCGCACCGCAGUACGAGUAAUAGCAGUGGUGGGGAUUUGGAUCAUGAUUCCGAUGAGGAUCGCUUGGAUUUCUCGCUUGCAAGGGAACCCGCUGGUGGUGGGUUAAGGGGGAAGAGUGCGAAACUGGGGAAGUUGGUUAUUGAAGAUGAGGGGAUUAAAAUGCUUGAUCUGGUUGUUGCGGCUUCUAUGGCUGUUUGGUGGAGGGGGUAUUAUUAUUGA